AUGUGGGUAUUAUCUUAUGAUCAUAUCAAUUGUAUCCCACUUAAAAUUUCGAUAGUUCACCAUGAAGCCCGCCAGCUCAUGGUGAAUUCUAGCAAGCAUUCCAACUAUAUUGCCCCUAAAAGACAACUUUGGGCUGCAAGUAUAUCGGAUUUUUGUACUAGCACCUUUCGCUUGCUUUGGAAGAAGUUUUGUUUAUCCUUUACUUUCAAACUUUGCAGAUAUUGUCAGAGCUGGCAGUUCCAUGUAAGUACACUCAAAAGAGCUUUGGCUGACAUGGCUCUAGUCCUCCUUGAGUCAAUCUGGUUUGAGUUCUGUCCUGGUUGGAACAAGAGCCGGUAA